CUUUUUACUCUCUAAAGAUGCUCUAUCGUAGAUGUCGGCUUUAUCAGCUCUAGAACGAUGUAGUAUUUCCAGUUUUCUUGCCAUACUCGCUCAGUGGUGCUCACUGCUCAGCGGUGCUCGGUGCUCAGUGCAAUUGAGCUGUCAUUAUCGAAUGCAGUAAUAUUCGCCCACUGGCGCUUGUCGCGUGUGCAUUCAAUAACUAGACAAGAUUUUAACUGGAAUUGUUAUUUGUUUUUAAUUAUCAUUUUUUUUACGUUCCAAUGGACGCGCAGCUAGCGCUGCUGCUGCUGCUAUUGGCCAUGGUGUUAAUGGCUUCCGUUGCACAGCGCUUCCCGGAAAACCCAUGCGCCCAGCAUUUCCAGUAUGUGCAGAUUGGCAUUGGCGCUUUUCAAGGCGAGGUGACGCUUGGCCUACCGAAUGGUCUCAAUCGAAUCGAUGUGCGAUUCUCGCAGCGUGGCACUCACGAUCAAUCUGCUGUUGGCGCUCUGCUGCCGUAUCCCGAUGAGGCCAAAGUCCAGGCUAAUCCGGGAGCCGCCAAGUUUCGAGUUAGCCUCUGGCCGGAUGCGUCGGGUGUGCUGCCCAAGCUCACGAGAUUGCAACACAAUAAUCAGAUACUGUGCAGAGCCAGCGAGUAUAAUCCGCAGAGUUUCUUCAACCGUUUCUUCGAGCUUCCAAUCAAGGGAUCACCAUCGCCUCGUCGCCUGUCGCCCACGCCAGGCAUUCGCAAUUUUUCAGAGGGAUCGAGCGAUGUGCAGAUUAAGACAGUAGUUCUUGAUGGCGCAGAAGGAUCGAUAUCUCGUAUUCUAGGCGACCUGGUGAAUGAGCAGUCCACCGCAGCCGAUUGGUCGCCCAGGUCACCGGCAAUAGUUGGCAUAACUUCAUCAGUGCCUCGUCAGAUCUGGCCUACUCUACCAGCAGCAACAACUUCUCGAACUGCUGCUGUGCCUUGGGCACCAGUAGUGCCUGCACCGUCUUUCAUUCCAAAUCGCAUUCGUGGAAAUCCUCCCCCUGGGGUAGCUUGGCCUUCGUUUGUCUGUGGCCAGGAAGGCACGGGGGUGCCCUAUAUUCAACGUGGCAUGGAGUUUCCUCGUGGCCGAUAUCCCUGGCUGACAGCUGUGUAUCACAAAGAGUCCUUCUCGCUCGCCUUCAAGUGCGGUGGCUCGCUCAUCUCGACGAGCUUAGUCAUCACUGCGGCUCAUUGUGUCUACAAAAUAAGAGAGGAUCGCGUCUUGGUGGCCCUGGGGCGCUAUGACCUGGACAAUUACAGCGAGGACGGUGCCGAAGUGAGAGACGCCAGUCGCAUCGUGAUGCAUCCAGAGUAUUCCUCGCGCCUUCAGCUGCAGCCCGAUGCAGAUAUUGCGCUGAUCACAUUAGAUAGUCCAGUCAUCUUCAAUGACAUCAUCAGUCCCAUUUGCCUGUGGGAUCCAGCUGAGAGGGAUCCAGCCGAGCCCGAGAUCGGUUCCAUUGCCGGCUGGGGCACCGACGAGAACGGCAACUCAAUGACCCGCUUUCCGCGUGUCGUCACUGCGAGGAUAGCCACUGUGGGUGAAUGCGCACGCCGUUGGAAGGUGCAGAAGAUUCUGGAUCGCACGCUCUGCGCUGGCAAUCUGGACGGCUCCGGACCGUGUCUCGGCGAUUCCGGCGGAGGCCUGAUGAUCAAGCGCAACAACCGUUGGCUGCUCCGCGGAAUUGUCUCGCUGGGCGAACGCAGUACGAUUGGCAAUUGCAAUAACAACAACCAGUAUGUCCUCUAUUGCGAUCUUGCCAAGCAUAUGUCCUGGAUUAACCAACACAUACGCUAAUCUCUGUGUAUAUGUAUUAUGUAAAUUUAAUAAACUCAGUACGUAAAUAUAUGCUACAGCUGGUUAAAAGCGGAUGCUUUG